UGUUGUUUUGAAUUGUCUUUGUACUGCGUCUUGGAAUUAUUAUUUUCAAGUAAUUCUAAAAAAUGGACCACGAAAAUCAUGUUAUGUCUUGUGGUAGACCACAAAAAAUGCCCAUCAAGUCACAGCGUUUACGUAAUCCUUUUUUAUUAAAAAUUGAUCCAGAAUCAUUAAAAGUUGAUAAUUAUAUUGAUGGAAUCAAGUUGAAUAUUGUAUGCGAAUGCUCAUUUUGGUUGUUCUCAUUUUGGGCUGUCAAGAUUAAAGAAUUCCAUGAGAAACUUGCCUAUGAUUGGAUGACUAUACGAAAUUUAUUGAUCGAUAAUCAAUUCAACAAUGAUCAUUUUGCCUAUCAUUCUAAUGAUCCUGAACUUUAUCAAGAUGAAUAUAACAAAAUUAUACAUAAAAUUAAAGCUCCAGAUCAAUUCGAUUCAACAUUUUUUACAACCACUCCACGUGAUCGUUAUCCAUUGGCUAUCAUAUUGCUUUUGAAUGACCGAGAACUUGAAGAGCAGCUUAAUAGCAAUGAUAUCGUAAUGCUAGCAUCGAUAAUUCAUUUGAGGGAUUCACUUGUCCCAUUAAGUACUAGUGUUAUUGGUCAAUAUAUUAAAAGGCAAUCCGGUAUCGUACUGAACCUUCAAGAUCUUUAUAUUUGCAGUGAUCAAUCUAAUGAAGAUCAUAUGCCAAAUUGUAUAAUUUGUCUCGACAACCACAUUACACGAGCUAUAUUACCAUGCCGACAUGCCUGUGUUUGUUCAAAUUGUUUUGAACAAAUUAAUACUUGUCCAUUGUGUAGAUCACCUAUACAAAAUUUCAUCAUGAUAAAUCAACCUAUCCAAACAGCAAUGUCUGACGAAGGUGAUGACAAUCUACGAUCCGAAAAUGUCAUUGAUACUCAUCAUAAAGAAAGUCUAUUACACAAAAUUCAAAAAUUUUUUGGAUUUUAAUUUUUCUUAUUAUUAUUAUUAAUAUUAAUUCAGUGUUUAUUUGUAAUGAUUGCACGUUUCGAUGGUGGUAACAAAUGUCUUGGCAAUUGUUCGGGCAAGUCAUAAUUUUUAA